AUUUGCGGGAAAAUUUUGAAAACGGCCGCAUUUGGAAUUGACCUAUCGUAGUGCGAGGAGUCACGUGUGAGUCGCGCUACCAACCCCAAAGUCAAAAAAUUAUAACCUCAAAAUAUGCCGAGUCCCCACAUUUUUUAAAUAAAACAUGACUGAAUCAAACGAAAAAAAUGAAAAGGAGGAACCAAAAAUUGCAGACGAGUGGCUGAUCCGUCCAUGCCCCGUUUACGAAGAGGAAUACAAAGAAUGUUCGUCAUUGAGAGGCAGGUUUCAUCAAUAUUUCAUUUUUGGCGAAACUCUAGACUGCAUUUCGUGGAAAAGAGAUUACGAUAAUUGUUGCCGUUGGCGUGAGAACAAAGAUGUGAAAUCGGCGAAAGAAAUAAUAGAAAAUGAAAAGCGGAGACGCAAAGACCGACUAGUGCCCCAUUUCUCGAACGAUGUUUGGCCGCGCCGGACAUCCCCCCCUGAUAACUGGAAUUCGCCCCUCCCUGAGCACAUCCAAAAGGAAUACGAAACUAGUUACCUAAACAUCAAAUCCAAAGAAUUGAAAGGGGAGAUUCCGCCCCAAGUGGAUAUCUCCUCGUACUGCACACUAAUGUAGAUUAUGUAAUAAAGCUAGUAUGGAAAUUGCGCGUUAUGUAAA